CGGGAUUUCAAUCGGAUCCAGGAAACGUGUUUCAUAAUCUUGACAUUUCCCCACUAAUCUAUGUAUAUAUAUCUAAUUUAUAUAUAUAUAUCCUGAGCUUCCAUCCUGUACUGUGCAUUAAGGAUACUAAGAACACACAUGCCACCUAAUAGAGCUAUAGUGUUAUGUGAUUUCACUGACAAAAAAUCACGGCUUAAAAUCGAGCAACGUUUGAAGCGAGCUUUCCUCAGGCAAAUAAAGAUAACUCACCAGCUUAAGGGAUCUAAACCUGAACCUUCAAAUGUCAUGGAUCAGACAAAGAUUAAAUGCAAUGAUCAAGAGGAAGAUAAAAACCUCAUAAAAAGGAGUCCAAGUAAAAUACCCUAUAUAGAGACUAACUCACUCGAAGCUAUAAGUGAUAUUGACCAAACAAAGAUAGGACCAUCUUAUGAUAAUGAUCCGGGAGAAGGUAGUAGCAGUGCUGUGGAUAAAAACUGUAUGCUCACUAGUGCAGCACCAAGCAUCAAGGGUAAACCAAGCAGGUGGAUACGUUCAGAAGCUGACUAUGUGGCUCUUGAUUGUGAAUUUGUAGGAGUGCCACCAAAUGAUACAAGUGCUUUAGGUCGUUGUAGUAUUGUAGGCUGGUCAGGAGAGGUCUUGUUAGAUAUCUAUGCUAAGCCCGAUCUGCCAAUUACCCACUACAGAACCAGAUGGUCAGGGAUCAGGAGAUCAGAUAUGAGAAAUGCCGUUCCGAUAGAGCAUGCUCUUAAUGCUAUCAAAAAAAUCAUUCAGGGAAAGAUUGUAGUAGGACAUGCAUUGAGCAAUGACUUUCGAGUGCUAAAAAUUCAACACCCAUUGUGUGAUACACGAGACACUGAUAAAUACAUUCCCCUGAAAAAGAUGGCAGGGAUGUCUCCUCGUGGCCAGGCAGGACUCAAGAAAUUGGCAAAAGCUUUACUAGAUCGUGAUAUCCAAGUUGGAAAAAAGGGUCAUAGUUCCAUUGAGGACUCCCAGGCGACUAUGGAGAUCUAUAAACUGGUGCAUUCGCAAUGGGAGUAUGAUGUCUCAAUAGGCGAAUAUCCAAGAGGACUUACAAACAAUGAAUCAAAGAAGAAAAAUAAAUCAGUUGAACUAGCUGGAAUAGAACAAGACACAAGUAACAAUAAAAGAAAACAAACAAUAAGCGAUAGUGAAACUGAAAAUAACAAAAAAGCAAAGCCGAAUCCAGGUCCCGCUUCUCAUAGUAAAGCGAAAACUGUUGACUCAUAUGGUUAUGGCUAUGGCUAUGGUUUUGGGACAGUUCAGUCAACUUAUUUAUCUGAUCACUUUUGGCCACAGUUUUAGAUGAUGCAUGAUAACCUGGCUUGUGAUUAUGAGGCCUGUUAGAACCCGUAAUUUACAACCCAUGUAAUUUCCAGUAACAAGGCCUGUAAUUGCUCGUAAAUUUCGAGCCUCAUUCGACCUUGUAUGGUGCCCGAUAUAAUUUGCAUGU